AUGACGCUACACAAACCAGCCUCCCGUCCAGUCUUGGGAGUCGUGUCCGACUCCAAGCUGAACAUCUCCAACAACAACAACAGCAACAGCAACAGCACCGGCGAAGACUUCUUUGCCUCCAAAUCGUUCCUCAGACACAACGCGCACUCGACCCCGAUCAGAGGCAAGACACAUGGCGUCAACGUGAUGAAGAGAAGCGCCUCGGCCGCCUUCAAGGGCUCCGACGAACGUGUCGCCAACGCCCCCGUCAAGAGAGACGCCCUCUCCGAUCUGGAUGACGAGGACUCCCCCAAAUUGAAAAGAGCACGUUUGCUGAAAAUGAAGCUCAAGUUGGCGUACUUCAAGGUGAAAACAAACCAGACAGAGACUCCGCUGCACGAGCUCAAAUUCCCCUCUUCGCUGGCUGGUCCAGAGCCGCUUGGCUCCUUCCAACAGGCAUCCAUCUUUCACUCGACAAAACUGACAAAAAAGAGAUCGGCUUCCUCCUCGUCCUCUUCUGCACACAGAACCUCCGCUCUCAAGGGCGGCCAGAAGAAAAGCAUCAUGGACGACAUCGUCACCAAGAAGGGCGCCUUUGCCAACCUGAAGAGGUUCAACAGGGAGUACAACAGCAACAACGGCAACAGCGGCAGCAACUCCAACCGUGACCCAGCCAGCAUGCAGUACAGCACUGUCCCAUCCUCGGCGCCUCCAGGCAUCCUCACUUUCAACCACCACUUCCACCACUCCCACCUCAACAACGGCACUGCACCGGCCUUCGUGUCCAGCGUCACGUCUCCGUCGAAGUUUGCCAUCUCCGCCAUGGACAAAAAACAGGUCAAACUGCCACCGGUGCCAAAACUCUUGGGCUACCCUGCGUCUAACAUCUUUCACAUCUCGCGUCACUCUUUGCUGGAUAGUCAAAACAAUGGCGACACCAACCAAAACACCAUCGGCAACUCCAAUUCGAUUGCCACCGCCACAGCGUCAACUUCCACAGUCCAUGACUUCCACGACACUACAAUAGAUGAAAAGCCGGAAACAGAAAAGGAAGGGAACGACACCACGAUUCUCCAGAACGAGUCUACAAGCACGCCACUCCUUCGGAGACGGCACAGCAUCGAUCAGAUGGAAAGAAACGACCCUGAUCUGACUAUUUUACAAACUAACAACUCAGUCCUCAUGUCAACUCCUGUACGACAGAAAGGUAAACAGGUAAAGAAACCAAAAAAUGGUGCCCAAACAAAGGCAAGAUCUCUGACGGUUCCAGCAACGAGUACAAACACGACUACAAACAUUAAUACCAACUCGGCCAUAGAGUUUACCACCCCGUCAUCGAAGAAGAGACUACCUUCUUUGAGUGAAGGUAGAAACCAGAAAAAUGAAAACACCAGCAACAGCUUAAAACACAACAAUUCAAUUCUCAAAGACGAGGAUGAAACACAAUUAAUGUCCUCGCCUACGAGACUUCUGUCCACACCUUCAUCUAUUGGAGCAGCUAAAUGUCUUCUGCAGUUAGCACAUAGAUAA